GGUGAGCUGGAGGCGGCGGGAGACGCCGCCCCCGCCUCCGCCCCCGCUAGCGGCAGCAGCAGCCGCCUCCAGGAGGAGCGGGAUGCGACCGACCGGCGCGUGCCGCCCCUGCUCGACCUUGACCUGGACUACCUGGAACGGAGAGGCUCUGCGGACGCCGGCCGCCAUCAGGCCAGCCCUGAUGUCGAGCAGAGUCCGGACUCGGUGGACCUCGUCAAGGUAGUCCUUCUGGGUGCCUCCGCUGUUGGAAAGACGUCCAUCGUGCAGCAAUUCGUUUGGGGAGAGUUCAGCGAAGACUACGUGGCGACAGAGCGCCGCCACACUUACUACCCGUCCGUGAUCAUCAAUGAGCGGCUGUACCGGCUCAAGAUCUCCGACAUACCCGUCAUCCCGUACUUUCCAGUGAACUCGUUCUACGAGUGGAGCGACACCCGUUUCUACGGCCUGAGAAGCGCCAGUGCGUACCUGCUGGUGUUCGACCUGGCUGACGCGGCAUCCUUCCAGUUCGCCCGCACCCUUCUGGAGCAGCUGUCGGAGAGCCGCGACAUGGCUGACGUCACUAUCCUGGUCGUUGGCAACAAGAGCGACCUCCUUCCUGGGAGUCUGGACACUCCAGAGCGGGUCCCGGGCAGAGACCUGGCGCGCCCCGACUUGUGGUCCGAGGUGCGCGCCUCGUGGGGGUGCGGCUACGCCGAGUGCAGCGCGCGGCAGCGGGGGCAGGUGCUGGCCGUGUUCCAGCGGCUGAUGCGCCAGGUGGACCGGCUGCUGGGCGCGGCCGGCGCCGCCUCGCCGCCCAUCCCCGCCUCCUACGGGCUGCUGGCCGCCUCCUCGCCGGAGGACGGCGACGCCGACGACGAGCGGCCCGAGCGCGGCUUCCUGGACACGCCGGACGGCCGCGCCACCUGCCACCUGUUGUGACGCUGCGCCGACGCGGCCGCCCUCGACGCCCACCGCGACUCCCAAGCACAGAGGGACGAGCGCUCCUGCCCGCUGCUCUGAGGGCGCCGCCGCUGCGCGCGCACUCCCUCAACACUUCCGUUCUGCUCUGCGUCCCUACAACUCGUACGCGACCUCCCGGCAAUGAGAAUCACAUUAUCAUCAUCAGCUGUGUACUCUGAAUAGAUGUGAAUUAAUCUUCGUACAUCCAUAUUUAAAUUGGAUGAAGGCCGGACACGGCUGGUAUAAUUUUUUUUAUUAAAAAUGAAACUUCUUCAGCUGUACUUAAGGUUUUAUAUUUAAUUGGCUACUAGUUUCGACGUUGCAUCAACGCCAUCUUCAGGCCCGUAAACUAUGACGAA